AUGUCGGAUGUCAUCACGUUCCUGACUGGGGCAUCUCUGCAGAUUGAAGCCGUGGCCGUUGUGAACACCAUGGCGGAGUCGCACUCGCUCCCGGGCACUCGCAGCGACACUUCGAUCUACUACUCCGCCACCUACCCCACUGCGCCCGCGAACCUGGCAAUGGCGGCUUCGACGUUGAUCUCCGUGACCCUUUCCUGGGACCCGCCCAGUGACACGGGUGGCAUGCCUGUUCUGGGCUACAAGGUGCUCAUGGACGACGCCUUGGGAGGGCCGAUGGUAGAGGAGUAUUCUGGCACAGCGCUGACUUUCCAGAAGGUCGGCCUGGCCACCGGCUACACCUACAGGGCAGAGGUUCUGGCAUUCACGGCGAAGGGCGAGGGUACCGCGGCUGUCCUGGACGUGGCUCCCUGCAAUGAACCAGGUGCCGUGGGCAACCUCCGCGUUCUGCAGCGGUCAGGCACGCUGGUGCAACUCGGCUGGGAUCCGCCCACUGAAACUGGAGCCUGCCCCAUCCUGGGCUACAUUAUCCUGGCCGGCACUUCCGUGCCAACCAUGGUGAAGGUGGGCAGUACCACUUCGGUGCUGUCGACGACCUUCAACUAUGUGCCCGCGACCUCAGACAUGGCCCUGGUCUUCCGGGUCCUGGCCGACAACUUCAAGACCCAAGUCUCCACCUCCUUCACCGGAGCCGGCUCUGACAUCUCCGUGAUCGCAGCUGCAGCUCCGGCGGCUCCCACGAAUCUGGCGCGCACGGGCGGCUCGCACAGCACCGUGGCCCUGUCUUGGACGGCUCCCACCGAUGAUGGAGGGUCUCCAAUCACCAAGUACUAUGUGAUGAGGAAUGAUGGGUGGGGUCCUCGGACACUCAUGUUUGCGAUCCUUGCAGUAGCGCUUUUGCACCAUGCCCCGCUGUCCCUUUCGGACUUUGCAGACUUAGCCGGCCAAGACGCAUGCAGCUGCACACAGCAAGUGCGUGCUUUGCUUUGGUGCUUGGCGCUUGCGGCUCCACAGCUGUCAGACUAG